AUGUUGUCAAAGAGAGUCACUGUCAACGUCCUGCGUCUGUUUUGCACUAGCAGAGUCGCUCUGGAAGCCAGCAAGAAGAAGGCAAAGGCUAAAGCCCAAGACUACAUCCCAGAGAAUGUCAAGUACGGUGCCUUAUCGAAGGCUCAGAAGGCAUUUUUGGACCGUGUGAUUCGUGUUGACCAGGCUGGUGAACUAGGCGCCAAUUACAUUUACAUGGGCCAAUACGCUGUGCUCUCCACGAAAUACCCACAUUUGAAGCCGGUCUUGCAGCACAUGUGGGACCAGGAGAUUUACCAUCACGACACAUUCAACAAGCUUCAGCACCAACGUCGUGUGAGACCUUCCCUUUUAACACCCCUUUGGAAAGUGGGAGCUAUUGGCAUUGGUGCUGGUACUGCUCUCAUCAGCAAGGAAGCAGCCAUGGCUUGUACUGUCGCUGUCGAAACUGUCAUUGGAGGCCACUACAACCAACAGCUACGUGUCCUCAUGAAUCAAUUCAAUAUCCCUGUUUAUGAUAAAGAGACUGGCAGAGGCCUCACGCCAGAAGAGAUCAAUAAGGAAAUCGAGACAUCCCCAGAGCUCGCCAGCUUGAAGAGCACCAUUAGCACGUUCCGUGAUGACGAAUUGGAGCAUUUAGAUACCGCCGUGGAACAUGAUGCUGACAAGGCUGUUCCAUACAUCUUGCUCACGGAGACCAUCAAGUUAGUUUGCAGAGGUGCUAUUUGGACCGCGGAGAGAGUAUAA